AUGUCCCGCGGCAGCCGGCCCUCGCUGCAACAAGGCCUCGACCGAGACGUUUACCAGGUCGUGCGAAAAUAUAUUGACGGCAGCAAUGAGUCGCCGUUGAAGCUAAAGUCGUACCAUGUCUAUGAUUAUAUCAAAAACUCCAAUUCUAGCUUGAAAAGACGACCAAAAAAACAGCUUGAAGACUCUAUUGAGCGAGUUCUGGCGGUGAUUCAAGAAGACGAGUCCGGUGAAGACGAAAUGGACGAAAUUGAAGGGGAAUUUGCGAAUGGGGAAGAUGGGGGCAAGAAGGCCGAGGGGAGGAGUGCGGAUUUCAUGAAUAAGCAGAUUGUGAGCGGGUGGACGGGGACGAGUGGGAAUGUAACGCCGACUGUGAAUGGGGAGAAGAGCAGGAAGAGAGACGGUGAGAAAGUCAAGGGAGAGAGAGAAAGCAAGAAGGCGAAGAGAUCGGGGGUUGCAGAGCAGAAGAUCGAUAUCGCACCUCCGCAAGGAGUUGGUUUGCAGGACAUUGGAGGUGUUGACAAGGUCAAACAGCAGCUCAAGGACCAUCUGGUCAUGCCCCUGCUGGCGCCCGAGGAAUACGUAAACCGGAAGAUCCCCAUCCCGCGAGGCAUUCUCCUCCACGGACCCCCUGGAUGUGGCAAAACGGUCAUUAGCAGAGCCUUUGCCGCGGAGCUCGGUGUCCCUUUCAUCGAAAUUCUUGGUCCUUCGGUGGUCUCCGGAAUGUCUGGGGAGUCGGAGAAGCAGAUUCGAGAGCAUUUUGAGAGGGCUAAAGAGGUGGCACCUUGCCUCAUCUUCAUCGACGAAAUUGACGUAAUUGCACCGAAGCGGGACAGCGCUCAGAGCCAAAUGGAGAAACGCAUCGUCGCACAGCUUCUAAUCUCCAUGGACGGGCUGGCCAUGGAAGGGAAUGAUGGCAAACCGGUCAUCGUUCUCGCAGCGACUAAUCGGCCCGAUAGCCUGGAUCCGGCCCUCAGGAGAGGCGGCCGCUUUGACACGGAAAUUAACAUGGGCGUACCGAACGAGUCUAUGCGGGAGUUGAUCCUGAAAGCUCUGACACGACAGCCAGCUCUAGCGGGCGAUGUCGAUUUCGCCUCCCUCGCGAAGAAAACGGCAGGUUUCGUCGGGGCUGAUCUAAAAGAUCUGGUCAGCAAAGCGGGUACAUGGUCGAUGGAUCAGUAUCGCGAAGCUCUAGAACGGCAAGCUGCGGAAACCGAAACGGAAAUGGAAGACGAUGAGAAACAGAGCUCAAUCAAGCCUUCCGGCGUGGAUCGCUCUAUUGCACGCCUCAUCAAGCGUGCACGCAACAAAGACAUGACUCGUCCUGUGGGAUUUGAGAAUACCGUCAUCACAAUGCAGGCAUUUGAGGCCGUUCUACCUACGAUAGUGCCAUCGUCUAAGCGAGAGGGUUUUGCAACGGUCCCCGACACAACCUGGAGGGAUGUUGGUGCCCUCGCAGGGGUGCGCGAUGAGCUUCAGAUGGCCAUUGUGGAGCCCAUCAAGAACCCUCAACGAUAUAAGGCGGUUGGAAUAACUGCACCUGCGGGCGUGCUUUUAUGGGGUCCUCCUGGAUGCGGCAAGACUCUGCUUGCGAAGGCUGUGGCUGCCGAGUCCAAAGCCAACUUUAUCAGCGUCAAGGGGCCUGAGCUGUUGAACAAGUACGUCGGGGAAUCCGAACGAGCACUUCGCCAAGUCUUCAUGCGCGCCCGCUCCUCCACCCCAUGCGUCAUAUUCUUCGACGAGUUCGACGCCCUUGUCCCAAAGCGCUCUUCCGAACUACACGAAGCAUCCGCCCGCGUCGUCAACACUCUCCUCACCGAACUCGACGGCCACAGCGCCCGCGAAGGCAUCUAUCUGAUCGCCGCAACCAACCGCCCCGAAAUGAUAGACGAAGCCAUGCUCCGGCCUGGCCGCCUCGAAACUCUGCUCUAUGUCGAGCUGCCCAAGCCUGACGAACGCGUCGAUAUCCUGAAAGCGCUCAUCCGUCAAAGAGGAGGCAUUAUCAAGGAAGGCCUUGCUGAACUCGCGAGAGCAGACGAUUGCAACUAUUUCAGUGGUGCAGACUUGGAAAGCUUGUUGCGAAAAGCUGGCCAAAACGCUCUUAGACGACAAGCCGAUGUCGUUGAAGAAAUCGACGUUCUCACGGCUGCAAAGAACAUAAAGCCCAGUGUCGGCGAUAUCAAAAAGUACGAGAAGCUCCGGGACCGUUUCGAAACAAAACUGUGGUAG